AUGAAGAUUAUCAUAGUUAGUGAUGAACUGCCGAUAUUUGCAUCUCGCACAGAUGCUGACAUAGCAAUCAAGCAUUCGAUGUCUGCAAUGCUGAAGAAUAUUUCGCAUAGAGACAGAUCAAGCAAAAUACAAAUUGAGUUUUCAGAGGCAAGCACCGACACAAUCCGUAUGUUUGCAAAACCUCAUUUUAUGUCGAUUGAUAUGCUAGAUGACCAUGACGUAUGGUUUGUGGGUCGUAUUGGGCUUUCGAACCACCGAUGCUUUAGCGAAGAUGAACGCUUAAUGAUUGCAAAUGCAAUGAGAAGAUAUAAAUGCUGCCCAGUGUUUGAGGAUCAAGUGUUGUAUUCAGGCAUUGUGGGAAGGACGCUUGAAGGACAUACUUAUGAUCUUGUACAAAAGAACCUUGACCAUUUAUUGCUGUUUGAUGAGUAUGUAGAUUACAACUCGAAGUGCUGUGAAAAGGUAAUGGAGAUCUAUGAAGAAGGUGAUGUUGUGUGGAUACAGGACAAUAGUCUACUUCUUCUUCCUGGGAUGAUGAAGGAUGUACCUGUAGGAAUAUCUUUCCUUAUUCCUUUUUCAUCUCUCUUCAGAUGCAUCCCAUUCUGGGAACGACUCUUAUUAUCAAUGCUGUGCAGCAAAUACAUUGAGUUUAAUGAUGAGGAGUCAAAGGCAUGCUUUGAGCUUCUAGUCUCACAGAAGACUGGAUUUGUAUCUGGAAAUCCUGAAUACAAAGAUCUGAAGCUUCCAUCAGUUGGAAUUGGAAGGCGUGGGCUUGAUAAGGAUGCGGUUCUUGAAUGCUUACCAACAGUAGCUGAUGGAGAAUGUAAAUUCAAGAAAGGAAAGAUGGUUAUUGCGCCACCUGAUUCCCAAGCGCAUCUCCUUGGUGUUGAAUCAUAUCUUUCGUGUAAUAAUGAAGAACUUACUAUUGUUUUUCUGAACAUAAGGCCUGCAGAGCCUGAUGGAUUGACUGAGGUCAUGAGACUUGGGCAGUAUCUCGAAGCGAACCAUAAUGUGAGCACAAAGUUUUUUAUGCCAACAAGUGAUCUUGAGCUUCUGUCGUUGCUGAAGAACUGUGAUGUGUGCCACUGUCCAGAAGUUUUUGAUUUGUGCCUGUUCCUGGGUAUUCCUGUUAUUCAGAGCAAUGUGCAUGAUUUCAUGCAGGUUGCCAAAGAAAUACAAUAUAAGAUAAAUGGCGAGACAAAUGAAGAACGAAGAGACCUGCAUAAAUUCAUUGAUAUUCCAUCGAAACUAGAAUGGAAAGAAAACUUCAUAAGGAACCUGUUAUAUGCAUCUGGGAUUAACCAUGUAAUUGAUUUGAAUCCGAAGGAUCUGAGAGUGCGACGAUCGUUAGAGAUGGUGCAACAGGCAGAUAUUCCUAUAGCCAAGAGUUCAUCUGAAAGCAGAGAAGCAAAUAAAAGACGAAAAGCAGCAAAAAUUGAUCCUGAACGAUCUGACGAUCCAACAAUUAUCAAAAUGAUAAGCGAGUUCAAGAAUAGCAUCACAAAGACAUUGGUACUGGACUAUGAUGGAACUGUUACUGACAUUGUUGCAUAUCCUCCAAUGGCAGCACCUACACUGGAAAUAAAGGAGCUUUUAGUUAGUCUUAGUAAGGUAUGUAGAGUGGUUAUAUCCACUGGAAGAAGUAUUGAAGACUCAGAUCUUUUUUUCCCGAAAGAAGUUGAAGUGUUUGCAGAGCAUGGAGCAUGUCACAGAGUAGAUGGCCAGUGGAGGGAGCGUACAUCAUUUCCACAAAAAGAGCUUGCGUUCAAGAUGGCACAAUUUUUCUUGCAGCGAACGCCUGGGUCCGAGCUUGAAAGCAAGAAGACAGGAUAUGCAUUCCAUUAUCGAAAUGCUUCUCCUCUAAUUGGUGUAAAGCAGGCCAAGGCAUUUUUUGAGUUGCUUAAGCAGGCAUUUGGAGACUGCGUCAAGGAAGGGAAUCACAUAGUUGAGAUUAGAAAUGGGAAAAAGUCAUUUGCAAUGGAAAGUGUUGAAGAAGGAUUCGUCUUAUGUGCUGGAGACGAUGUUGCAGAUGAAGAGAUGUUUGAAGUGUGCAAGGGAUAUACAGUGAAGGUUGGUAAAAGCGAUCUCCAGACAUCAUCUGCUGCAUAUGAGAUCUCAGACCCAAAGAGUUUCAGAAGGCUUCUCCAGCGAUUUCUUGAGUGA